UUCGCAUUAACUUGUUUGUUCGUCAUUGACAUCAUGAAAAACGUUGUGAAAUUUCUCGAACAUCUGCAUAGGAUUCUUUAAAAUUUACAGUUGCGAAAAUAUCGAUCGUAGAAUACUUCUCGGCUUUCUGAAUACCUACUCUUUCGAAAAAAAAUUUCUAAUGAAUGGACUCAACAAUCUCUAAAAGGCUAUUGCAAGGUGAGCUAAGCACAUUUCGCCUACGUUGAAGGUGUCAAAACACCGGUGACUAUUGACUGCGAACAUUGGUGGACUGAACUUGUUCACGCGCCAAACAUGUUGCUACGAGACACAUCUGACAUGCGACGAUUGAGGAAAAUUUACAAGUCCUAACAACUGAUAGUGACCUGCUGGUGUUUUAAUUUUUAAUAUUUGCAUCGUGAAGACAGAGAUCUGAUGAAUUUUCACCGCUAACUACCUGGGAUUUUAUUGGAAACAUUUAUCAUCUUUGAGUUGGCAUGCCCUAUUGGUGCGAUUCAACUCAUAUGUCAUAAUAUUUAUCAUCUGUGCUAAAGAUCAAAGGGAUUCGGUUCGAUAUCAUCGACUGGUACCACAAUAUUUCAUCUCAUUAAAUGGUGAAGCGGCAAUAUCUUUUAUAUCGGCCCAUGUACGGAAAUGCGCUUUAAACUUACUACUUUAUUCCAGUGAUUAUGGUAGGAGCAGAAAUGAAUAUUAACUCAAGCGAGGCACACAUUCAAUACCGUCCCAUCGAAGCGGCGUUUCAGGCGACAUCGCUAAUUUCAAUCAUGGUGGUAGCUAUUGUCGCCAAUACAAUGAAUAUUAUAGUAGUAUACAGAAAUUCGAACAUGCAGACGCCUCGAUAUAUGUUUAUUAUGAAUCUUGCUUGUGCCGAUUUGGGAGUAACUUUGUUAGCGAUGCCGUUUUCGCUCAUCACAUGCAUUUCGCGUGAAUGGAUCAUGGGGGAAUCGCUCUGCAAACUCCACGGAUUUUUAGGGUCUUUCUUCUUUUGUGUUUCAAUCUUUACGCUCACAAUUAUGAGCAUCGAACAAUAUUAUGUGCUGGUGAAACCGCUCGCACGUGCAAUCACGAUUCGCCGAGCAAGGUACAUGAUCGGAUUAGUCUGGAUUGCGUCGACAUUAGUUUCAAUGGGACCCGUGUUGGGAUGGGGACAUUUUGCUUACAAUUCAAGCACUCUCUCGUGUGGAGUUGCCUAUCCAAGGACGACAUUGGAGAGGCUUUACUUAUUAUUUCUCGUGCUAGUCGCAUAUGUUAUUACACUCCUAAUUAUGACGAUUGCUUACAUAAGGAUUUUUUUCGCAGUUCGCAAGCACACGAACAGAAUUGCUAAAUAUACAAGCGGUGGGCUUGAGGUAAUGAGACUUCAGCGAAGAAUCAUCUAUACGCUUCUAUUAGUUCUGAUGGUUUUUAUACUCUGCUGGUUGCCAUUUGUGUUCCUGAUUGUGUUAGCAACUCGAAACGUAGGCGUUUCCAAAUUGCCUUACGGGCUCGGCGUUGCGGCAUAUUGGUGCGGAUUUUGCAAUUCUUCGAUCAACCCCAUAAUCUUUGUCAUCAGAAACGAUCGCUUCCGGGAGGGAUAUCGCGAUAUUCUCAAUGAAGUUUGGUACGGCUUACGUUGUAAACGACCUCCAAAAUUAGGAAGGCUGCAAUUUAAAAAGACAUGGUAUUUGACCAAGCGAACGAGUACAGAAGAGCAAAAACCGCAUGUUGUGCUCCGGGCAAUUCCUUCGCUGACUGCCAUCCCGGAUGUAGAAUUAAUGUCUGAUCUCGACAAUGAUGAAAAUAGAGAAUCAUUUUCGCUGUGAAAACAAUAACAAGUAAAAAUUGGUAAUAUUAUACAUCGGUGAAUUUCCGCCAAAAAUAUUAAUUUACAAUGUGUGAAUUUAUAGAGUUUUCUGAAAGAAGAACCAUUGUUAAUCAAUUUUUAAGCCUGAAUGUAAAAUUUAACUUAUCAUGCACAUGAAUUCAUGUAAUUUUCCGUGAGUGACAGGUGGUGUGAAUAAAUUCUUAGAGCUGUCGGGUGAAAAAGCAAGAAAACGUUCAGUUUUGUUUGGCAAAUGAAUGACAACUUCUAUCC